UCAUCGUGUUGACAAUUGACCUGAACAAAUCAAUCGUUGAAUAGUAUUGUGAUAACGCUCAGUAGUAGUAAUUUUUCAAAACCAUGAAUCUUGGACUGGGAAGUACUCUACUGCCAGGCGAUCCUCGUCUAAUCGAUCACAUCGUCGGCGAGGUCAAGUCUCAGGGAAUUUUCGAUCAAUUCAGAAAGGAGUGCAUCGCUGACGUUGAUACGAAGCCAGCGUAUCAAAACCUGCGAACCCGCGUGGAGAGCUCAGUGAACUCGUUCCUCUACAAACAGCGUUGGCGAGCGGACCUGAACAAGAAUCAACUCCGCGAAACCCUCCGCAAACACAUCUCCGAUGGCCCCUACCUGGACACUGGAGUAGAGCGAAUCGUCGAUCAAGUGGUCAACCCCAAGAUCUACUCAGUGUUCAUGCCCCAAGUAGAGGACGUCGUGCACGAAUUCCUGGGACUGGAGAAGCCCAAACGUGAGAAAAAUGGUGCCUGUGGGUUUAAGGACCUACUACCCAAGGAUCUAGACCCAGUGUCACCUGAAUCAGACAAGAACAGUCUCAAGGACAUCUCCCUGGACUCAGUGGAUGCAAAUCUGACAGUACCUGGUGAGGAAGAGGGGCCGAGCAUGAAGAGAGAACCCGAGGAGUCUGAAGUCAAGAUUGAAGUGAAGACAGAGGACAUCUCUCACCUGGAGAAUGACUUCAGCAAUGGGCGAAUGGAGGAGGACGCUGAGAGGUCUCUGGGGGAGCCAAUGGACCUCGAGGGAAACACGCCACCCCCUCCUGGGUUGAACGACUCAGCACAAUCAGAGGAGAAAGAGGAGGAGGAAGAGGACAGCCCUGUCUUCGAGCCAAUUGACAUAAUGAACCUGAACGAGUCCAACAUCUCCAACGAUUCCCAUCUCUCCGGGAUCUCUGAACUCACGAGCCACAGGUCAAGAAGUCCUGACUUCUCAAACGACUUCUCUCGCGAUAACUUUGACUUCUCGAAUCAAGACUCACAAUUGAGUAAAGUCUCCUCAGACUCUCGAUUAUCCAUCGUCACUGAUUUUGGAUCCUCCAAUCAGCCAACGACUCCAGUCCCAGAUUUACCGAAGGACGAUAGCAGUAAAGACAAAUUCUCGAAGGAUAAUUUCAAGGAGAUUCGAGGGGAGGGGGAUGAUCCCAAGGAUAAUAAAGUGGAUGGUAAUAAGCACAAGGAGAAUUUGUUGGAGAUGAAGGAUGGGAGUGACACGAGAAGCUCGAAGACAAAUCUGUCCUCGAAGGAGUCGUCUCGUGACGGUAUGGAGAGUGUCAAGGAGAAGUCUGAGCAUAAGUCGAAGGAGAAGAUUCGUGAGUCUGGGAAGUCGAAGUCCUCGAAGGCGAGGUCGGAGUCUAGGGAGUCCAGGAGUCACAGGGAUCGAGAGAAAGAUAAAAAGAAGUUUUCUCAUAGUGAGAGCAAACCUGAGAGCUCUGACAAACCGAGAUCAAGAGAUAAAUCUGAAAACUCCAGGGAUUCUGCUGAGAAACUCAAGGAGACGAGGGAGAGUAAAGACGCGAAAGAGAGUAAAGACACUCCAACAAAGCUGAAGGAAGAAAAACCGAAAGAGUCCCCCAGUAAAGAAGGAAAAGACCUGAAGGAUAUUUACAAAGAAAAGAUUCGAGAACUGAGGGAAAAGAAGGAGUUGACAGAAAAAGAGAAGCUGAACAACGAGAAAAAAGAGAGUAAAGAGUCCUCCAAGGACGCCAAGCCCUCCAGGGACUCCAAAGAGAAACGAGAUUCCCCAAGAGAUAAAGAAAAACACAGGAGCUCUUCCUCUAGAACGCACAGCUCGAGCCGACACGAGAGCAGAUCCUCAAAGUCAUCAAGAGACGAUUCAAAAUCCUCCAAAAAUGAUAGAGACAAAACGAAACGUGACGAUAGCCAUCGUUCCAAGAAUGGGAAGAGCAAAGCAGAGUCAGAAUCGAAUGACAAAUCUGACAAAUCAGAGUCUAAAAAAUCCUCGAAGCCUGACAAAGAUGAGAAAUCAGAGGGCAGACAGGACUCGAAGUCCACCCAAAAGUCCACCAAGAGGGACUCUAAAUCAGACUCCAAGUCCUCUGAAAGAUCAGAGAAACGUGAGGACAAAGAGGGGAAAGAUAAACGACGAAAGGACGAGAAGAAAUCAAAAUCGAAGGACGAUCACUCGAGUCUGCGGAAGGGUUCCAACGAUCGCAGGUCAUCUGAUCGAGAUGGCUCCAGCGGCUCCAGUGGCAGAGGCUCCCAGAAGAGCUCCUCCAGCCCCAGUACCUCAUCCUCGAAGCCCUCAUCCUCCUCAUUAGGAAAAGACUCGAGUACCAAUAGCAACUCAAGCAGCGAAACGUCAGAUGGCAUCGACGAGACACAAACCGAGGAAUUCAAGCCUUCAGACCCUGAAGUACCUGAAAUAACAGAAUCAAAACCUGAAAUUGAAGAGAAAAAACCUGAGACUGACGAACCCGAAGGCACGAUAAUUCCCAAACGAGUUGAUCCAGGUCAGUCUGAGAUAAGUCUUCCACUGAAGAAACGCCCGCUCCAGAGUGAGGACCUUUCUUCCCAGCCUAACGAACGCCCAAUGAAGAAACCCAAGUUCGCCAGGAAUUUCGCAGAAGCUAAGAAACUGAUGAAGAUCAGAAAGAAAAUCGAGAAGGAUCACUUGAAGAGUCAGUCAUCAGUGGACAGCACAUCUCCAGUGUCUGAACUCUCGGAGGUAUCCGAAGCUGAGGGCGAAAUACAGCCUCCAGUGCCUGACGAGGAACGAGUGCAAAUAAUCGAAGUAAAAACUGACGACGAGGGCGAGCCAUACCCUGGGUCAAAUUGCGAUUUGAAGCUGGAUGAGAACUCCAAGGUAAUCCUGACAGGAGACGAAAUACUGAACACUGAGAUUGUUGCUGAGCUCAAGAUAAAAUCAAGACUAUCAGAAAUGGAAUUAUCGAUAAGACAAUCACUGACUGAGAUGAUCUCUGAUAAGACUCACGAGGACAAUGGAAAAAAUGUUGAGAAUGUUUCGACCCCUGAGGAGACACCAGGCCCUUCGCAGAGUGAACCAUCAGAGGCUGACAAUUCCGUUGAAAAAAUUGAAUUGAAAUCUGAUGUUAGAGUGGAAGAGGAAAUCGAAUCAAAGGAGGAGCAGGCAAAGCCUGAAAAUCCAGGGGAGACUGUCAGCAGAAGCUCAAUAAAGCCACCAAAAGGAGAACAAAAGGAAAAAGAAGAACAGGAGCAGAAGCCUCUGGACCCUCCAGAAAUGCUCCCAACUCCUGGAACUUCAUCUAAAAACCGAGAGCUCUCAGACGACGAAGAGGACUGUCGCUACUUCCUGGUGGACAACGAAAGACUGAACAGAUUCACUCAAUUCAUGAACUCCCUGGGUCUCAGGGAGGAUUCUCCCAGUCUUCCCAUCCUAGAAAAGCAGCCCCACCCCUCGGUGGAGACCCCAGGACCCAGGACGAUGGCUCCACCCCUGCCCAAACGAAAGUACUCAACGAGCCCCUUAUCAGACAUUCUCCUUAAUAACUCCAACAACAACAACGAUGGCCACAAACUGGAGGCAACGAUAUACCAAGGGGAAGGACAAACAGCCACGAAGAAGAAGAAAAUGGGAAGGCCGAGGAAGCAGAGGCCCAGUGUCAAUUCUCCAAGCCCCCAGAUGAUGAACGGCGAGAACUUUGUACUGCCCAUGAGUCCGGAGAGCGAUGCCUCAGCCACCAGCGACAAAACUCCAAGCUCACUGAAGGACGAACGCAAUCGCUCACGAGGCAGCAAUCAACGUUACACCAGUGAUGAUUUGUACAAGCCACGUCCACUCUUCGCCAGUUCCUCGAGGAGGAGCAGAAGGUCCAAUCCAUAGCUGCUAGUGCGUCAGGGGGUAUGGAGACCACCAAUUGUCGUCUAAUAUCGUAAUUAAUCAUGAUAAUAAUGACUUUAUAUUUUUUUACGAAGAAAAUCACCUUCGGUUUAUCGUUUUGCUAUUUGCGUAGGGAUGUUGUACAUAAAUAGAUAGAUGAAUAGUUGAAAAAUCGAGGACUGAGGAAAUUUAUAGGUAGGAAUAGUUAGUAUGGAAAAUUUCGAUACAGGGUGUCCCAAAAUUGAUCGGAUGUGUCGGGAGGGUAGCUCGGGGGAUUAUUUGGACAUGAAAACUAAUGAAGUUGUUGUCUCCUGCGCUUCGGGAAGGGAAAACUAAUAUGAGUUUUAAAAGUCGCGGGCUAUUGUAGGGAAAUUUUGCAUAUAUUAAAUACCGAUUAUAUAUAUCUAAAAACGAAUAAUUAGUGCAAAAAAAUUAAUUGUUUACUGUUCGUUUGUCCCAUAGACGCUUAAAAUGUUUAGAAUAGUCCGGGAUCCUAUUCUAAACAUUUUAAUUACAUUUUUUAUAGUGUUACAGGCUAGUUUUUUUCAAUUCGACU